CGCCUGUUGUCCCACACUCCCUGCGAAUUUAAGAGAAACGGCAACCCCAACCAUAGUCACAAUACCAUGGCCAAGACAUAUCCACUGCAAUAAAUACCGCGCUGAUCUCCCGCCAGUGAAUAUGACAAUCUUGGAGGGAAGCAAUUGUUGUCCUACAGAGCGACAUGGGAAAUUUAGACAUCUAAGCAGGUCAUUACAUACCGGCGAAAUAUUGAAGUCAAUAAUAGGUUCUCUCAUAUCUUGAUCACCCGCCAAACAGCAAUUUCAAGUUCAUCAUCGAUCUCAGUGAUAAUAUCAGUUUCUGCCUCUUCCUGGUUAUGAGAUGAUAAGUGAGAUGCAUCGCAAAGCCGCGGUAAAAAUGGCGACGCUCUCAGCCUUGUUACUUGAUCUGGCCUCUACCCUCACACGAGCGAAUUAUGACCGCUACGGCAAGCUGGAAUCGAGGCUUGGCCAGAUUAGUGAUACAGAGACUCGGAGUGAAACCUUCUCCAAUUUCCCCAAUUUCCCCAAUUUCCCCAAUUCCGCCUCCAAAUCUGACAGUCCGGCCACCCCACCCAGUACCUUGGAUCAUUCGCUCUCGCGGAUUUCCAGGUCCGUCCUGCUCGAGGAUCAUGAAAGAUGGUUGCAACUGGACCUCGAUCUCCGACAACGGCAAUAG